GGAUCUCGUCAAUACUCAACCACCGUCGUUACUCAGCAUGCAUGCCAAAGGGGAGUGAGUGACUGAUGUUGCGAUUCUAGUUUGCACCAUAAUAUAUGGCAAUUCUCAUAUUCUAGCUGUUGACUCGAGCUUCAUAAUAGUUUGCUGGAAUGGGAGUUUUUGCAAAUGGUUCGGGUUACCAUAGUUGGUGAUCCAUCCAUCCAUCCAUCCAUCCAUCGAUUUUUGAUCCGAGCUCGCUGGAUUAAUCAAAUCACAACCAUUGGCAUAUCACCAAUCUCAUGAACAGCAUGAGCAGCUCCGAAUAUUCAAUGAAACAGCCAUCCUUAAAAAAAAACCGCACAAUUUAUCUGCAUUCUGCGAGAUCCCCUUCCAAAAUGACACCCUACUCCCAACCCCUUUCCCUCCCUAAUCGCGAAAUUCGCAUCCUCAUCCUCCAACCCCUAAGCCAAGGCACCCCAAUUCAAUGCACCGUCGAAACCAUCUCUCUCCUCUCCCGUUCCUCAUACGAAGCAUUGUCUUAUGUCUGGGGCGAUGCCUCCAUCCGACAAACCAUCACAUUCAAUGACGCUCCCUUCUCUGUUACUCAAAACCUGGCGAUUGCAUUACAUCAUCUCAGACUACCUAACAGACCGCGAAGGCUUUGGGUUGAUGCCAUAUGUAUCAAUCAAUCUGAUAUUAAAGAACGCAAUGAACAGGUCACGCUGAUGGGUGAGAUUUAUUCUAUGGCGAAACCAGUUUUAGUUUGGCUGGGUGAGACGUUUGAGGGGUGUGAGGAAGCCUUUGAUUUGAUGUCUAAAAUCGCUAUUGCAAGUGAAGAUGAAAUUAUAGAGGAGGAGUCUCAAACCAUGUUUUCUUUUUAUAUUCAGCUUGUUAAGAAAGAAUGGUUUACUCGUCUAUGGACCAUACAAGAACUGGCACUAGCGGAUCAGGAACCCCUAGUUGGUUGUGGAUUCACCUGGACUACCUGGAGUGUACUGUCAAAAGUGUGGCAAAAAGUUGCGAUGAUUGAAUUCACGAAAAUGGGAAUGAUUAUGAUGGAACCUGGCGUUGAGAAUGAGAAUUCAGACAAAACUGUUGUUUCGCAAGGUGUACGCACCAGUACUAUCAAAGUCGAUCUUCUUAAUAAUUUACGCACGGCAGUUACUGAUAAAAAAGGUGAAGACCUCCGGGAUCUGUUACUCAACACCGUUACAUCUAAAGCAACAGAACCCAGAGAUAGGAUAUAUGGUCUACUAGGCAUGAUGAGUUCCUCGGACAGAAAAGCCAUCAUAGUAGAUUACAAUCGACCUCUUGGAACAAUAUACGCAGACGCCAUAUCCCACAUCUUCCAUAAGGGAAAGGGACCUUCCUUUCUUUCCGGCUUGGAACUAGCAGGUCCCAAUCCGCCAAUCCAGUAUUCUUCCUUUCCAUCAUGGGUGCCAAGAUUAGGCAGCGAAUCUCUUCUUCAUUCUACCCUUUAUCACCCCCCAGGUAUAGGUGUCUCAGGAGCGGGUAGCACCGCCAUCAAUGGUCACAUAUCUCCCGAUCUCAAAACCCUCUACAUCAGAGGUCUUCCCAUCGACACCAUUGCUGAGAAAUUUACCUUUGGCUUAGACAAUGAAUGUCUUACUCAACUCCCCCACAUCGAAGAAAUGGUCCUCAAAGCACAACAUUUCGCAACCCGCCACUCACAUCAUCGACCCUACCUGCACGCUUUCAAAACCAAAGAACCAGUAUGGAGAACCCUAAUCGCAAACAAACUCUACACUGGAGCCGGCCGGGAAGUGGCACCCGAUGCUUACGGCGAGAUGUACGAUAUACUGAUCAACAAUAAUACGCAGAAAUGCCAUACCAAUCACCAUAUUUCCCAUCCAGAAGCCGAUAGGUCGCACAGCUACAUUGACAAAACUAGAGACUAUAGACUUUCCCUCCUAAACCGCCUCCCCAAUUCCGCAUUCUUCAUCACCACAACCGGGUUCUAUGGCGUGGCUCCUAGUUCGAUAGAUGUUGGGGAUCAGAUUGCGAUUUGGUUUGGGGCAUCUGCUCCUUUUGUUUUGAGAAGGUGGGAGGAUAUCAAAGGACGGAAUCGAUCACAGGGUGGUGAUAGUGAUGAUGAUAGUAAGUAUUCCGAUACCGCAAAAGCACAAGGAAAAGAAGAAGAUCAAAGUAAAAUAUUCGCAGCCGUCGCAGUAGCAUAUGUAGCGGGUAUCAUGGAUGGAGAGAUAGUGGAUGAGGUUUAUUGUGAGGAUUUGGAAGAGGAUGUUGUGUUUACUAUUCGAUAGGAUUUAGAGGGGGGAUUCUUUAGGUAGGCAGGUAGCUCUCUACUUUUUUUUUUUCCUAUUUUUCCGUUUUGCAUUUUGCGUUUUGUAGGGGAAUGACGGUAUUUUUUGUCUUUUAUUAUUUUAUUUUUUAUAUAUUCAUAUAUUCAUAUAUUCAUAUAUGUUUAGAUAGGUAGGUAGGUAGGUAGGUAGGUAGUUAAUUAGUUGGAUAGAUACCUAUAUAGAUACAUAUGAAUGUAACUCGAGAUGGAGAAUCGCAUGUAGUACAGUUAGAAUCGUAUAUUCA